UCUGCAGCUACUUGUGUUUCUGUAUGACCUGUCUGACCUUUCUUGCAAGAAAUAAAAGCUUUAAAGACAAUUGGACGUGUUUGUCUCUUAUGCAGUAGAGUCGGGAGUUGAUUUUUUUGCCACAACAGAUAGCAAGGCUGGUGAAGCUUUCCCCUGUUCCUAGGAAUCUGAGAAAAACAGACAAAAGUAUGUAGUUAUUAAAAUGUAUUUUCUUUUACCCACAGUGAUUGAGUGUAAAAGGAGGUGGAAGGCGCUAAGAGAUGCCUUCGCAAGAACCCGGAAGCAAAAAAAUCUUCCUAGUGGUAGAGAAUGGAAAUAUGAAAAUCAUGUCCUUUCUGCUUCCCCAUAUGCAGUCCAGAAGCUCCAGACACACUCUGCACACUCUAGACAUGACUGUUGCAGAUGAUGAUUUGGAGCCAGAAUUAGCAGAACUAUCAAGGUCAAGUUCUCCAGUGCCAUCUCAACCGAGAUCUGCCACCCCAACAUUCUCUACAAUUUCAAGAUCUGACACCUCCACACCACCACUGGCCAGUCAGAGUUCAAACACUCCCACACCCCAUCCCAGAGUGCAAGCACUAAUUAGUGAGACUCAGCCAACAAGACCGAAGAGGAGGAGGUCAAAUGAUCCAUCUGCAACAGAGCAACAGCUUUUGGACAUUUUAACACAACCCACCACAACACCGUCACCAUAUAUUCCCAAACCAGGAGAAGAAAAUUAAAAUUAAAAUAACCCCAUUCAUAAGUAUGUGAACCAUUGAUUCUCAAUACUGUGUGUGGUUACUGAUGAUCUACGACUGUUUUUAUGUUUUAUGAUGG